UAAGGAGGUGUUUGGUUCAAGCAUAUUAGGUAUAAGGUAUGAGUUUGGAAUGACCAAAACCUAUACCUUAUGUUUGUUUCUAGAAAUUUCAUUUUCAAACCCAUAUUUCAAACCCCCAAGGUAUGAGUUUUUGAAACCCAAGAGGGGAGGUGGGUAUGGCUCAUACGGUCUUACCCAUACCUUUAGUUUAAAAUUAAAAGGAAAACUAUCAUUCCUAGAUAAAAACCAAACGCAUGAAAUCAAGUAUCAAGUUCCAACCUCAUACCACCCAGAUUUCAUUCCUCAUUCCAAACCUAUACCAUUGUUUGAACCAAACGCCCCCUAAGAGGACAUGACAAAUCCCAUGGGACUGUGACAUUUAAGUGGAUUUGAACACUUUCGAUUCUUACUCCAUUACCAUAGUUGCAGGGAGACGAAUAUGACGACGCACUACAUGACAAAGCAAGGACACCACCAUGACACUCUAUUUUAGCCCUUUUAUUAUUUUGCGUCUCCCUUCUCCUUCAUCAUCCAAAAGGAUGCUUUAGGUAUUCCAAUCAAAAGGACUAACCGCUAACCUAGCCUUUUCUCACCCAAAAAAAAACCUGUAAUUUUAGGGCCUGUUCCAAUUGAUUCACUUAAAACAGUUGAAGUGAUUGGGAUUGAAAUGAAUAGAACUGUUUAUGAGAGAAGAAAAUUAAGAAUCAAUUGAAGUUAAAUUGAAAUGAACUAAAACUAAGCUCAACAGAAAAGAGUUCAUUGACUUUCUUCUCAUAUACAACCCUAACCUUGAAAUUUAGGAAUUCUGGAAAAUUACUGGUUCAAUCUUCCCGCUAAAAAUGUUGUGAAACCCUAGUUUUCUCACCAUCUCUCUUCAAUUCAAACGAUGAAUACAACUUCGAAUUCACCACUUCCAGAUGCAUUCAUCAAAUUCCUCAAUGAUAAUGGAUUAGACCCUUCAAUUUACACUUCCACCGAUUGUCUCCCUCGCUACAUUAGGUUGAAGCCGGGAUGCGAGGCGAAAAUCGGAGAGAUUGAAGAUGAGCUUCAAUGCAAAUUGAAUGAAGUGGGUUGGUUGCCAAGCUUUUAUUCUCUCCCACCUGAUGUUCAGAUUGCCAAUUCAAAGGCUUACCAAGAAGGCAAGGUUUAUGGAAUCGAUGCUGCUUCAGGAGCUGCUGUCCAGGCUUUGAACAUAGCUCCGGGAGACCAUGUUCUUGAUCUAUGUGCUGCUCCAGGUGCAAAACUUUGUAUGAUAUUAGAUAUUCUUGGUGAUUCUGGUUCUGCUACUGGUGUCGAUGUUGCUAGACACCGUCUGGCAGCUUGCAGAACUAUGGUGCAGAAAUAUGCUCUCGGUGAUCGAUGUCGGCUCUUGGUUGCUGAUGGCACAUCAUUCUCUUUGAUUCCCUUCCGAGACUCUGCUGCUUCUAAAUUAUCUAAUGGUUCUACUUUGGAAAAGAAAGUAGAUGUAUUUAAGGAGUGGACUUCUAAGCGGCCUUGGAAGGAAAGGAAACGUGCAGCAAAAGCAAGGGAAGUUAGCCCAUUACAGAUCUUAGAACCAGAACUUAUAUUCUAUGGGAAGCAUUCAGGAGUCAUUGGCUGUACAAGAGAUGAAUUAUACCAGACUGUAAAUGAUGAUGAGCUUUAUGCUUGCGGUUAUGACAAGGUCCUAGUAGAUGCUGAAUGCACUCAUGAUGGAUCAAUCAGGCAUGUUCAGAAAUUUGAAAAUUGGGGCUGGCAAACACUUCAACGCCGUGUGCUAGAUGCAGAGAGAACCGAUGACCUUACAAAUCUCCAAUUUCGACUUCUGUGUAAUGGUUUCCGAUUGCUUAAAGCUGGGGGCUCACUUAUCUACAGCACUUGCAGCUUGACAGUUGCCCAAAAUGAAGAAGUGAUUGAGAGGUUCCUGUUGGAUAAUUCAUCAGCUGAGCUGCAAGAAAUAGAUGGUUUUAACACUUGGCCAUGCAAGAUUGGUCGGGUAGCUAAGACGUUGAGAUUUGAUCCGGUAACAUCCCAAACUAGCGGGUUAUUUGUUGCCAAAUUCACUAAGUUGCCCUUGUGACUGGUGGUUCCUGAAGGUAAACCCUGAGGGUUAAGACAGUCAUAGACAUGUGAUUGGCGUCAUCAAAAGAAUGUGGAAAAUCCCCUGGGAAAUUGGAGAUAUUAUCAUUGAUGCUGUAAUAUAUCUCCUACUUUUACAGUCGGAAUCAAUCAUUGUUCCAGAAUAAGUUAUCCAGGUCACAGAUUUCACGAGCAAGGAACACAUUGCGGUUUCCCUCGCUUGAAAGGAAGAGUUGUGUGUUGGCUCUCCUCUAGGAUUUAAUCUCAGAUAUUAAUUUCCUUACCUCAUCUGAGUCAUACCCCUCCUCCAAAUCAAAAGAAAGUUCCCGAUGAAUCAGUCUGUCUACCAGAUGUCAGUUUACUCAUGGGCCUUCUUGAGAUUGGUGAUUUAUGUAUUUGGCACCGUCAACAACUUUGAUCAAAUGUGUGGGUAAUAGCUGCUAGCUAGUAAGGCUUGGUUGGAACGAUGCUGGGGAUAUUGAAAUGCUGAUGAAGUUACCAGGCAUCAAGCUUACCUCUGCUGUGCUCUAGAUGUUUGGGAUGGAUAACAGGAUACAACCAUCGUAUGUUCCUACAGAACAUUUUCUAGAAACCAGAAACAUGCAAUAUCUUCGCAUUGAAGGUAUACUCUCAAGUAAUGAAUUAUGGGCUGAGAGGCCACUCAUCAACAAAUGUACGUAUUGGUUUGUGUUUUUUUUGUGCUAGAUACUGGUUUUGAAUUUUGAUUGAGGAAAUUCCUGCAAACUGAUUUUUUUUUACUCUUAUUAAUUGAGCAAGUUUGAUGGAGUGUCCUCAAAUAUAACCCACAUUUUUGAAAUUGUAUUGAAUAUAUUGACAUUUUUUAUUUAUUUAUUUAUUUAUUU